GAGAAACAGUGUGUGAGGGGAAGAGGCCGGAUUCGCUCCAGGGUCUCUAGUUCUUGCACGCUCUUUAGGAGUCUGCACUGGAGGAACUCUACCAUCACCAGCUCCCUUCUUGCAGAAGGGAGGGGAAAACAUACAUUUAUUCAUGCCAGUCUGUUGCAUGAAGGCUUUCUGGCUUCCUACCUUGCAACAAAAUAAUUACACAAACUCCUUAGUGCCGAUUCCGCCCACAGAGUCCUGGAGCCAGUCUCUUUUGCUUUGCAUUGUAAGAAAGGCACUAAGUGAUACAGACGAUGUCGCUUUCCUGAGCUCCUGAGAGCGCUAGUGAACUGGAAUCAACUGCUUCAGGGGAAGGAAAAAAAAAAAAAAAGACUUGCCUGGGAGGCGGCGAGAAACUUGCAUUGGAAGCUUCAGCAAGCAGCAUUCAAGAAACUCCUCUCCACUUUAGCACGGUCUCCAGACUCAGAGCCAAGAGACAGAGCAAACUGCGGCGCGGCGAGAGAGAGAAAGAGGGAGGGAGAGACUCACCAGCCUGGGAACUAUAACUCCUCUGCAAGAGGCGCAGGACUCCUUCCCCUCAGCUUUUGGAGACUUUCCUCUCGCCCACCUCCGCCCCGACCGGGAGUGGAGGGGCCCGCUCGGCCGCCGCGAGCGUCCUCCCGCUCGGCGUGCGCUCGGCCGGGAGGGCCCGGCGAUCGUGCUGCAGCCGCCGCGAGGCUGUGAGCGCGCGUGGGCGCUCGCCGAGCCGGGGCCAUGGUGCAGCAAACCAACAACGCCGAGAACACGGAAGCGCUGCUGGCCGGCGAGAGCUCGGACUCGGGCGCCGGCCUCGAGCUGGGCAUCGCCUCGUCCCCCACGCCCGGCUCCACCGCCUCCACGGGCGGCAAGGCCGACGACCCGAGCUGGUGCAAGACGCCCAGCGGGCACAUCAAGCGGCCCAUGAAUGCCUUCAUGGUGUGGUCGCAGAUCGAGCGGCGCAAGAUCAUGGAACAGUCGCCCGACAUGCACAACGCCGAGAUCUCCAAGCGGCUGGGCAAACGCUGGAAGCUGCUCAAAGACACCGACAAGAUUCCUUUCAUUCGGGAGGCGGAGCGGCUGCGCCUCAAGCACAUGGCUGACUACCCCGACUACAAGUACCGGCCCAGGAAGAAGGUGAAGUCCGGCAACGCCAACGCCAGCUCCUCGGCCGCCGCCGCCUCCAAGCCGGGGGAGAAGGGCGAUAAGGUCGGUGGCAGCGGCGGGGGCGGCCACGGGGGCGGCGGCGGGAGCGGCGGCGCGGGGGGCGGAGGCGGCGGCGCGAGCGGCGGCGGCGCCAACUCCAAACCCGCGCAGAAAAAGAGCUGCGGCUCCAAGGUGGCUGGCGGCGGGGGCAGCAAGCCGCACGCCAAGCUCAUCCUGACGGGCGGCGGGAAGGCGGCGGCCGCCUCGUCCUUCGCCGCGGAGCAGGCGGGGGCUGCCGCCCUGCUGCCCCUGGGCGCCGCGGCCGCCGACCACCACUCGCUGUACAAGGCGCGGACUCCCGGCGCCGCGGCCUCGGCGGCGGCCUCGGCCCCCGCCUCGCUCGCCGCCGCCCCGGGCAAGCCCCCGGCCGAGAAGAAGGUGAAGCGGGUCUACCUGUUCGGCGGCCUGAGCGCGGCGGCGUCGCCCGCGGGCGUGGGCGCGGCCGCCGACCCCAGCGACCCCCUGGGCCUGUACGAGGAGGGGGGCCCGGGCUGCCCGCCCGACGGGCCGAGCCUCAGCGGCCGCAGCAGCGCCGCCUCGUCGCCCGCCGCCGGCCGCUCGCCCGCCGACCACCGCGGCUACGCCAGCCUGCGCGCCGCCUCGCCCGCGCCGUCCAGCGCGCCCUCGCACGCGUCCUCGUCGGCCUCGUCCCACUCCUCCUCGGCCUCCUCCGCGGGCUCCUCGGCCUCCGACGACGAGUUCGAGGACGACCUGCUCGACCUGAACCCCAGCUCAAACUUUGAGAGCAUGUCCCUGGGCAGUUUCAGCUCGUCGUCGGCGCUGGACCGGGACCUGGACUUCACCCUGGAGCCGGGCUCGGGCUCGCACUUCGAGUUCCCGGACUACUGCACGCCCGAGGUCAGCGAGAUGAUCUCGGGGGACUGGCUCGAGUCCAGCAUCUCCAACCUGGUCUUCACCUACUAGCGGCGCGCGCUGGAGGAGGUGGGCCGGGGUGACCGAGGGAGAAAAGGUGGACAGAGAGAGAGUAGAAAGAGAAAAAAAAGGGGAGGGAAACAAGAAAAAGGAAAAAGGAAGAAAAAAAAAAAGAAAGAAAGAAAGAAAAGAAAGUGAUGAGCGCGCGGCCGGUUUGCCCGCCUCGGGGGUCGCCGAAGAGGAGAGCGAGCGCACGGCGAUAUCGGGGACCCACGCUCCCAUCCCCCACCCCUCCGGGAACGCGGUGGAGCUGCGGGCGACGGGCGCCCUUUUAUUGUUGUUGUGGAUGUUGUUGUGAUGGCAAAAAAAAAAAAAAAAAAAAAAAAAGCUCCUUUGAAUGUCCUCCCCUUUGCGUGAAGAGACCCCCCCAUCCCCCUCCCUCCGGGCUUCCGGACUGGUCUGUCUGCGCCUCCGCGAGAAGCCGAGUUUGGGAAUUUUCUGGAGACUGAAGGAAUCUCGCCCCUCUCUCUUCGCCCCCUUUAGGGAUUUUAUUUUUUUUUUUGUCGUUUUGUUUCUUGGUCAAGAGAGGGGUUGGGGCGCGGGGGGGGGGGGCGGUAAAAAUAUCCAGCGCGCCUCUGGGGACUUUGUCCUAUGCACCCCGCGCCCCCCCUCUCCCCCUCCCCCCCUUUUCCUGAAGAAGACAAGGCGCGGGGAGGCGAGUUUGACCGAUGGCAGAUGUUUGGGGGCCGCGCUGGUUCCAGAGCCAGGACUGAGACUCCACGCUGGCCCGUGCCCGUCUUUUUUCCUCUCCGCGCCCCCCCCCCGCCCCCCGCUUUGCCCCUGCAGCCGGAGGAGACGUGGAGGCACCGGCGCUCGGAAGUGACCCGAGAACCUGGCUGGAAGAAGCAGGGGCGGGGGCGCCGAGGACAAGAACUGGAAAAGGGGGGCGAGUAACAAACUGAGACGGAUUUGCACGUUGGGGAGAAGGUGGCGGCGGCUCGGGGGCCCCCCGCCUUCCACGUGGAUGAAACCAGCUAGGGGACCUCCCGCGCGGCGCGGCGCGGGAGGAGAGGCGGCUGUCGGAUGCGGUCCCGGGCGGUGGAGGGCGAGUGGUUUCGGGGGAGGGAAAAAGGUUUUUUUCUUCUCUUAAUUGGAAUCGUGAUGGUGUUGGAUUAUUUCACUGGUGGGGUUACUAUAGCAUGUUCUCCUGUCUAUCUUUUAAAGAUUUCUGUAUGAGACUGUUGAGCAGUUUUUGAAAUAGUGUAGGAUAAUAUAAGAAGCAGAUAGAUGGCGCUCUGUUUGAUUCCUACAACAAAAUUAUCACCAGCUUUUUUUCAUUCUUAACUGUUUAAAGGAUUCAAACGCAACUCAAAUCUGUGCUGGACUUUAAAAAAAACAAUUCAGGACCAAAUUUUUUCUCAGUGUGUAUGUGUUUAUUCCUUCUUAGGUGUAAAUGAGAAGACGUGUUUUUUUCCCUCACCGAUGCUCCAUCCUCGUAUUUCUUUUUCUUGUAAAUGUAAUCAGAUGCCAUUUUAUAUGUGGACGUAUUUAUACUGGCCAAACAUUUUUUUUUCUUAUUUUUGUCCCUUUUUUUUUCUUUCUUAUUUUACUUAUUCCUUCCUUUUUCUAUUUUUUUUCUUUCGUUCUUUCUUUUUUCCUUUUUUCUUUUUUGUAGUUGUUGUUACCCACGCCAUUUUACGUCUCCUUCACUGAAGGGCUAGAGUUUUAACUUUUAAUUUUUUAUAUUUAAAUGUAGACUUUUGACACUUUUAAAAAACAAAAAAAGACAAGAGAGAUGAAAACGUUUGAUUAUUUUCUCAGUGUAUUUUUGUAAAAAAUAUAUAAAGGGGGUGUUAAUCGGUGUAAAUCGCUGUUUGGAUUUCCUGAUUUUAUAAUAGGGCGGCUGGUUAAUAUCUCACAGUUUUAAAAAAAUCAGCCCCUAAUUUCUCCAUGUUUACACUUCAAUCUGCAGGCUUCUUAAAGUGACAGUAUCCCUUAACCUGCCACCAGUAUUCACCCUUCCACCCCAGUCUUAUGAAAAGGGGAGGAGAAUUAGCCAAACACUGUACGCUUUUAAGAAAAACACAUUUUUGUAAACAAAAUACUGUUCUGUGCAAAGGCUUUAAAACUGGUGCAUUUACAGCAAAAAGGGAUCCUGUAGCUUUAAUUUGUAAACCACAUCUUUUUUGCACUUUUUUUAUAAGCAAAAACGUGCCGUUUAAACCACUGGAUCUAUCUAAAUGCCGAUUUGAGUUCGCGACACUAUGUACUGCGUUUUUCAUUCUUGUAUUUGACUAUUUAAUCCUUUCUACUUGUCGCUAAAUAUAAUUGUUUUAGUCUUAUGGCAUGAUGAUAGCAUAUGUGUUCAGGUUUAUAGCUGUUGUGUUUAAAGAUUGAAAAAAAGUGGAAAACAUCUUUGUACAUUUAAGUCUGUAUUAUAAUAAGCAAAAAGAUUGUGUGUAUGUAUGUUUAAUAUAACAUGACAGGCACUAGGACGUCUGCCUUUUAAGGCAGUUCCGUUAAGGGUUUUUGUUUUUAAACUUUUUUUUUUUUUUUUUGCCAUCCAUCCUGUGCAAUAUGCCGUGUAGAAUAUUUGUCUUAAAAUUUAAGGCCACAAAAACAAUGUUUGGGGGGAAAGAAAAGAAAAAUCAUGCCAGCUAAUCAUGUCAAGUUCACUGCCUGUCAGAUUGUUGAUAUAUACCUUCUGUAAAUAACUUUUUUUGAGAAGGAAAUAAAAUCAGCUGGAACUGAACCCUAAA